AUGCAAUCCAUGUGCGUUUUCGCCAUUCCUUAGUUCCAUGUGUUAACAAGCCUAAUUGGUCUGAUUAAUUUCAUUUUGCAAAUGGAGAAUUACUCUGAAUAGUAGUUGCCACUAACUUUUGGAAUUUUAUAGUUUUUAAUCAGUAUGAUCAUCUUGGGGCUUGCUUUUGUUAGACCUAGAUAUGCCAUUAAUAAAACCUACAUAAUUUGCUUCAUUUUACUAUUUCUAGGGAUUUCACUCUAUUUAAAUAUAGCGAAUUUUAGAAAGGAAAGUUUGAUUCUUAUGAUACUAUAAUACUUAUCGAUUGGGAUGAUCUGCUCGUUGGUUAUAUUGCCAAAUAGGAUGAUUGGCCUGGCUAUUUAAAUUCAAAUAUAUAUAGUUGCAGUUGUUUUAGACUUGAUGUCGUUUUAUUUUUAUUACAUUCUGGGGAAAUUCAACUUCAACAGAGCUAUUUCGAUAGUAGGCUCUGGAGGGAUGGAGGCCAUCACUUUGAUCUUGUGUAUCGUGUGUUAGGUUUAUCCUCAAAAAAGAUUGGCAGAUGAGACACACCUGAUAGUGGGCUUUUACAUCUUUUGUGAACUAUUCGUCAGCUGUACCUUCGUGGCAGAAUGCGCAAAUCAAGAAGCAAAUAUUGCAUUAAUUGGGUUUACAAUUUUGAAAAUCUCUAACAUAUUUUUGGAUAUGAUUCUGUAUUCCUUUGUGAAGUUGAACUAUCCAGAGAAUCAGACAAGAUCAGCUAGAGUUGAUAUUGAGAACCCUCCCCAGAAGCUGGAUCUAAGGAGUGUAGCAACUAGGGAAACACUCAGUGAUUAUUCAAAUGCUUUGUAAAAAAGUGUGUAGGAACCAAUUUCCUUAAGUAAGAAAGGCUUGUCCUUCGGUGUAAUGGAUUAAGUAUUUACUAAAUAUAUAUUGAUUUAUUUACUUCGUUAUUUUAAUAUAUAUAAAUUUGUAGCACAUAAGGAGGAGGAUGUGAAUGUGAAGGAAUACUUGAAUGAUCUGUUGUCGCAGAAAAUUGAGAAGAUGUCUACGAUAGAGGAGGCUGAUCUCAUUCUGGAUGCUCUCAUGAAGACAAUCGAGGAUUUGGAUGGCUAGAUUGAGAUAAAGAAGAAGAAGGUGAAUAAGGAGUUGGAGACAGCUUUGGCAAUAAGUGAGAUCAACUUGGGUAAGAAGACAACGGAAAAGUAAGAGAUCGCAGAUGAAUUGAGAUAACUUAAAGAUGAAUACCAGAAGAUUAAGGCAUAACUAAAAUGAAAAUGAUAAUUGUUAAUUCAUUAAUUUCAAAUUAGAUUAAA